AUGCGCUUCACCUCCGCCGCUUUUGUUCUCUGCAUGUCGGUUGGCAGCUACGCAAUGGCUAUGCCUGGCGAAGCAUCUAACGCCGUCUCUCACGUUGCUCAAGCUGCUCAGUAUUGUGGGGCCGCUGGCAGCUGCAAGGGAGCCGGCGGUGGAGGCCUCUGCAAUAAUCGAUGCAAGGAAUGCACAAAUAACAAGGGCAAGCAUUACCAAGGGGGCAGUUGUGGCGGGUGGCUCUGGCAGUAA